CUCAGAGCCAACAGCUCCUCCAUCCCCUACAUCGACUGCAGUGACGUAGAUAACCAGUACCGGCAUGACGUGGGCAAGGGCCGGGGGAGCAGGGUUCAGGGUAGUGAGGGUCUAAGGGGGGAGGUGUGCGUGCAGGCAGCAGGAGGGUUGAACGGGGCUUGGCCCCCCCAGCAGGAGCUCUUUACGGGCAGGAUGAGGUCCAGGGAGGUGACCCCUUCCCCGAAGCCUCCCCUCGGCAUCAGCCGCCAUCUGGAUGGUCCGUCCAGCCCUCCGUACUACCCCCCCCCCUCUCCACAGCCCCGCGCUGGGCGAGGAGGCGAGGGGGGCGAGCAGCCCGCUAGCGCUACGUCACGCGGCCAAGAGCCCCGCCCCCGGCCCCGCGGCCAGCCUCUCCCAUAGGACGGCCUCGCUCAGCCACGCCGAGCAGAACGGCCACGGCUCCGCCCCCCCGCGUUGGGACGACAGGGGCUUUAACGCCUGGGGGGCGGGGCCUCGCGACGACGCCCGCUCCUCCCCCAGGGUGAGCAGGAAGCUCCAGAACGCGUGGCACCGCGCCGACGGCGACCCGUCGCUACCGGCCCCGACCGAGUCCCUGGGGGUCCUCUCCCGCAGCGAGCGCGGCGCCGCUCUGGAGCGCCGCAUGCGGGCCAACGGGCUGUCGGCGCCCGGCCAGCCCCGCCUCGGCAACGCGCAGAGGCGCGGGGGCGGGCGGGGCGGUGCCCACCACAUCGGGGCGGUCCAGAUGACCGACGGCUCCGCCAGUAGCGGCUCAGAGUCCAGCGACUCGGAGGCGGAGGGCAGAGGGGUUACUGGGGGUUACGCCCCAGGCUACGGUCACGCCGUGAGCCCCGCCCCGGCCUCCUCCCCCGCCCUGCCCAGGAACAGGUUCUCCUUCGGCAGCCUCCAGCUGGACGAGGAGAUGGGCGAGGAAGGCUGCCUGGCCCUUAGUGACGAGGACGGGGCGCAGGUGUUCAGCUGUUAACGCCAGGCUAGGACACCAGGUGUUCAGCUGUUAACGCCAGGCUAGGACACCAGGUGUUCAGCUGUUAACGCCAGGCUAGGACACCAGGUGUUCAGCUGUUAACGCCAGGCUAGGACACCAGGUGUUCAGGUGUUCAGCUGUUAACGCCAGGCUAGGACACCAGGUGUUCAGCUGUUAACGCCAGGCUAGGACACCAGGUGUUCAGCUGUUAACGCCAGGCUAGGACACCAGGUGUUCAGGUGUUCAGCUGUUAACGCCAGGCUAGGACACCAGGUGUUCAGCUGUUAACGCCAGGCUAGGACACCAGGUGUUCAGCUGUUAACGCCAGGCAAGGACACCAGGUCCGGACUAACGUGCCGUUUUAGCCGACGCUUUGAAUCCAAAGCGACGUCCGGGGGUGGGAUUUGAACCCGAGGCCUCUCGAUCGGCUGUGAAUUGCUCUACCUCUGAGCUGAACCCCCGGGGACUGGAGGGUGCGGGCUUCUGAGCACCAUUCAUGCCCCCAGCCCCUCAGACGGCAGGGGGGGUCGCUUGGCCAGCCCCUCGGGUGUCCUCUGCCCGUUAGAAAGAGAGUGGGAUGGGGGGGAGGACAGAGUUCUGUACUCUGUACCGUACAGGGAGAAUGAACCCUUCCCCGUCCGAUUUACACUCUCUGUGUUCGUUCCUGUUGAUCAGACAGAGGGAGACAGACAGACAGAGGGGGAGACAGACAGACAGACAGAC